GGCUCCGUGUCAGCUGACGCGACAGCCACUUAUAUACGUCGCUGGUGUAUUUGGGCCGCAGCUUCUUCAGCUUGUCCCUGGCGUCACAGGCCCAUGUCCGUCAUCCCAGACACACAAUUCACCUGAAGACAGCGCAACCUCUCAUCCGUCUGCUGAGCACCUAAAGCAAGAAAACAUGGAGUGUGUUUGGAAGCCAGACGAGCAAGGACUUCAACAAAUCGUACAGCUGCUGAAAGAGUCACAGUCUCCAGACACGUCCACGCAGAGAUCCGUCCAGCAACGACUGGAGCAGCUCAACCAGUUUCCAGACUUCAACAACUAUUUGAUCUUUGUUUUGACGAAACUAAAAUCAGAGGAUGAGCCAACCCGUUCGCUCAGUGGUCUGAUUCUGAAGAACAACGUGCGAGCUCACUUCCAGACUUUCCCCAGCGAGGUGGCAGAGUUCAUCAAGAAUGAAUGUCUCCAGAAUAUCGGAGACACGUCUCCACUGAUCCGGGCCACAGUGGGGAUCCUCAUCACCACGAUUGCCUCGAAGGGAGAGCUACAGAACUGGCCAGAGCUUCUGCCCAAACUUUGUCAGCUGCUGGACUCUGAAGACUACAACACGUGUGAGGGGGCAUUUGGUGCUCUACAGAAGAUCUGUGAAGACUCUGCCGAGAUACUGGACAGCGACAUGUUGGAUCGCCCAUUGAACAUCAUGAUCCCCAAGUUUUUACAGUUCUUCAAACACAGCAGCCCAAAGAUCAGGUCUCAUGCCAUUGCCUGUGUCAAUCAGUUCAUCAUCAGCAGAACUCAAGCUCUGAUGCUGCACAUCGACCCAUUUAUUGAGAACUUGUUUGCACUGGCUACAGAUGAAGAGCCAGAGGUGAGGAAGAACGUGUGUCGAGCUCUAGUCAUGCUACUGGAGGUCCGUCUAGAUCGGCUCCUCCCACACAUGCACAACAUCAUCGAGUACAUGCUGCUGAGGACGCAAGACCAGGACGAGAACGUGGCUCUGGAGGCCUGCGAGUUCUGGCUGACUCUGGCUGAGCAGCCAGUGUGCAAGGAGGUUCUGUGCGGUCACCUCUCCCAACUCACCCCGGUCCUGGUGAAUGGCAUGAAAUACUCGGAGAUCGACAUCAUCCUGCUCAAGGGUGACAUCGAGGAAGACGAAGCCAUUCCUGACAACGAGCAAGAUAUCAGGCCACGCUUCCACCGCUCUCGCACCGUCGCCCAGCAACACGAGGGUGACGGCAUUGAGGACGAGGAAGACGAUGAUGAUGAGCUGGAUGAUGACGACACCAUCUCCGACUGGAACCUGCGGAAGUGUUCAGCUGCCGCGUUGGACGUGUUGGCAAACGUGUUCAGAGACGACCUACUGCUGCACAUCCUCCCUCUGCUCAAAGAGCUGCUGUUCCACCCCGAGUGGGUCGUCAAGGAGUCCGGCAUCCUGGUUUUGGGGGCCAUCGCUGAAGGCUGCAUGCAGGGAAUGAUCCCAUACUUGCCGGAGCUCAUCCCUCAUCUGGUCCAGUGUCUGUCGGACAAGAAAGCCCUGGUGAGGUCAAUCACCUGCUGGACCCUGAGCCGCUACGCCCACUGGGUGGUGAGUCAGCCUCCAGACAUUUACCUGAAGCCACUGAUGACUGAGCUGCUGAAGCGCAUUCUGGACAGCAACAAGCGAGUGCAGGAGGCGGCGUGUAGUGCCUUUGCCACGUUGGAGGAGGAGGCGUGCACCGAGCUGGUCCCAUACUUAGCCUUCAUCCUGGACACUCUGGUGUUUGCCUUCAACAAGUACCAGCACAAGAACCUGCUGAUUCUGUACGACGCCAUCGGAACACUGGCAGACUCAGUGGGACACCAUCUUAAUAAACCAGAGUACAUCCAGAUGUUGAUGCCUCCUCUGAUCCAGAAGUGGAACCAGCUGAAAGAUGAAGACAAAGAUCUCUUCCCUUUAUUAGAAUGCCUGUCAUCAGUGGCCACUGCCUUGCAGAGUGGCUUCCUGCCCUACUGCGAGCCCGUCUACCAGCGCUGUGUCAACCUGGUGCAGAAGACACUGGCACAGUCCAUGCUGCAUCAGUCUCAGCCAGACCAGUACGAAGCCCCGGACAAAGACUUCAUGAUUGUGGCUCUAGACCUUCUGAGUGGCCUGGCAGAGGGUUUGGGGGGAACCAUCGAGCAGCUGGUCGCUCGCAGCAACAUCCUCACUCUCAUGUUCCAGUGUGUUCAGGACAAGAUGCCAGAGGUGCGCCAGAGCUCAUUUGCUCUGCUGGGAGAUCUGACCAAAGCUUGUUUCCAACAUGUCAAGCCCUGCAUCGCUGAGUUCAUGCCCAUACUGGGGACAAACCUGAACCCAGAGUUGAUAUCUGUGUGCAAUAAUGCAACCUGGGCCAUCGGAGAGAUUUCUAUACAAAUGGGCCUUGAUAUGCAGCCAUAUGUUGCCAUGGUGCUGCACCAGCUUGUGGAGAUCAUUAACAGGCCUAACACUCCAAAGACGCUUCUGGAAAACACAGCAAUAACAAUUGGUCGUCUUGGUUACGUUUGUCCUCAAGAGGUGGCACCCAUGCUACAGCAGUUUAUAAGACCCUGGUGCACCUCUCUUCGAAAUAUAAGAGACAACGAGGAGAAAGACUCGGCAUUCCGAGGAAUUUGCUCCAUGAUCAGUGUGAAUCCUGGAGGUGUCGUUCAGGACUUUAUAUUCUUCUGCGACGCGGUGGCCUCCUGGGUGAACCCCAAAGAUGACUUGCGAGACAUGUUCUGCAAGAUCCUCCAUGGCUUUAAGAACCAGGUGGGAGAAGAGAACUGGAGGCGCUUCUCGGAUCAGUUCCCGCUGCCACUCAAGGAGCGACUGGCCACCUUCUAUGGGGUGUAGCUGUAGCCAAAACAGCGGGCUUCGUCUAAGGUCCGUCAUGACGGGAGACUACAUGGGGAACCUCUUUUACCCAGGGAACAUGUUGCCCUUUACUGGGGGGGAGGAUCUGCCUAAACUAAAGGGGAAGGGUGGGGGUGCCGCCCCAUCCCAAACCUGGUGGACGGGGUGGGAGGGAGGUGGUACCUACAGUGCCGGGUUACCCUGCGCACCGGCCGAUAUACCGGGGUAGAUUCACUGCCAGAUUCACGGGAGGAAAACUAAAAAUCCAAAUCUGAACACAUCUGCUAGCUUUCACCGAUCGUACUGCUGACAAAUUUUCAGAUAAAUUUGGGGGAUCCAGAUGAGUUUGUUUAAAACCUGAUGCUUCAAAUCUCCCACAGGCGAGCAGGUGAUAUUUAUAUCGGGCUGUUAGUGAGUUCUUUUUCUUUUGGGGCGUUGGCAGCAUGUUUGUACCACUGUGGAGCGCUGCAGAGCAUUAGCCAUGUGUGUUUUGACAGUCGCUCUGUGAUGACCUUUUGUAAUUCCUCUUUUACAGUGUUUUGUUUCUGUGGUUUGGAGUACGGCAGUCGGCUGUAACGUAGCAUCGACUGGUUUACACACCAAAAUUAGGAAAACUCUGGGCUGUGAUGUGUCGUCCGAGUCCAUCUCUUUGUCCGGUUUUGUGAAUGUAGCUAAUGUCGGCGCUUGCGUGUUGGGCUGCACCGAAUCAGGUUGUGACCUCUGACCUUCCCCAACCGCUGUUUCUUCGUAGACCCAUUCAAUAUAUGAUUUUGCAUGUAAAGUUUAAAAAAAUCCCAGGUGACUGAAUUAUGUCUUUAUGUUUAAUAUGUUAUGUUUAUGGCUUUUUUUAGACGAAUUUUAGCUGCUUGUGUUUCCUCUCGCUUUUUGAAAACGAUACUUCCGUUCAAACGUCGUGAUUUCAGUCCACUCAGCGGCUGAACUUUUAAUUGUGAUCUAUGAGGACAUUUUCAGUUUUAUCAUUUUCUUUUGGGUCCCCUAAAGUUGGAGUGUUAGCAUGUAUCUUCUUUCAAUAGCAAACUCCCAGCAUGGUUGCUACAUUUCAGUUCAGCAUUCAUGAGGCGGAAGAUGGGUUGAAAAACCUGUAGAGCGAGUGACUGCUGAUGGGUAGCGUCACUAGCCAUGACAGUUAAGUGUCAUGAAGAGACUCAGAAGUCUGAAGAGUAAAAAGUUGGUCAAAAAAAGUAGACUGUUGAAACUCAAAAGUCACAGCUGCAGAAGAAAGCCCUGACUUUACUGAGACAAAUGAGCUGAAUAAAUAAAACAUUAUGAACAUGCCCUAGAAGGUUCACCAAAUCAUGCAAAAAAUCUGCGCCACCGAUUCUUCAAACAACAAUGACUUCUGUUGUGCAAGCUUGGGUCACAUCCUGAUGUUGGUGCAGCCCUGCUCGCAGCCUUUGGUACUUUGCGUCGUGAAGGAAAAAAAAAAAGGCUCCCCCCACUCCGCGAGCCGCUCGUCUUCGUCUUUUGCACAACUAAUGACACGAAUCCUGUGACUUCUCUCUUCUGUGACUUUGGCUGUGGGAACCUCCGUGUCCGGUUCCUCCGUGUGCUCAGAGUUCUUGGCUUCUUGUGCAUGAUCUGGAGGAUGACUGUUGUUUAUUUAAAUCUUUGGGUGGUUGUGUUCUGUGGGGUAUUCUCAUCUCUUGCAUGUUGGUGGCCCCUUGCACCCCAAACCGGCGGGAUUCAGGGAGGGAAGCUGUUCAUUUCAAAAUCGUGUUUGUUAAAUCACUGGGUCGCUGGAGUCUUCGCCCUCAAACAUGUAGCUGGAUGCAUCGUCGUGAAGAAACUGUGAACUUCUACUACUUUAUUGUCUUGAUUGUGUUAGAUAUUUCCAAGCCUGAAUGUAUUCCAUGAUGCUUUAGUCGAGGGGAAUGUACUUUCUUAACCGGUUUUCUCUGCUGGCCAGAGUGUUAAAUCAAGUGCUUAGAUGACGCAAUGACACCACAACUAAUCACUAGAAGCGACCGCUUUCAAAUCAGCCUGUCCCCAUGAUUAAUGUAGCUUGUUAUGUGCCAGAUUUAUCUUGGUAAGAAACACUUUCAUGUCAGAAGCUGCUGGAAUAGUUGAGUUGUAUCUAACUUUAUAUUUACUGUUACCUUUUUUAACAGUUUAUUCUUCUUUUGGACAUGUAAAAGAAGUCUGAUCUUUUUGUUAUGACCUUAUUCUAUAAAUACGAUUUAGUCCCUAUAAACUAUAUAAAUGGCUGCAGAAGAGAACAAUUUAUGUCACAAAUUUCCCUCAUUCAAUUUUCAAAUGUAAUAUAGGUGAGUUUAAAAAAAUAUUUAUAUAUAUAAAGAGAGAAAUGCCACUAAGUAAAAUAUUUAACUGACACAGCUUUAUAGUUAAGGUUUAUAAAAUAUUUUGUUUGAAUUUUGAAGUUAAACAUUGAGGGAAAAUGUUUAAUAAGAAUUCAAACUUCAUUUUUUAGGAUAAUUGAAUAAAUAAGCUUAGGAGUUAUGCUUUAUUUAUUUACAAAUGUAUGACAAACGGAUUCUGCCAGUACCACAGAACACCAUUUGUAGAGGGAAAAAAAAUCGACUUCAUAAAAUUACUGAAUUUGUUUUAUUAAUGCCAUUUUAUGGAGAAUAUAAAAAUAACAUGGUAUUUAACAAAAAAAUGUUGACGAUUAACCUCAAUAGAAAUAUAGAAUCAUUUAUCGAUCUGGGCAAAUUAGUCAUCACGUGACAGUCUAAUAGCCACCGAAGCGCAGCAUCUAUGUUUGAGUUACGAUGAGUGCAUUAUUAUUCAGUAGCAUUAAAUUUCAUCCACUUUCCCACGAUCAGAUUAUGAUGCCAGACUGGUGUUACAUUUCAGGUACUUCAUCAGUAUUUCAGUCUGACUGAUAGUUUAGUGGUUACCACUCACGCUUUGUACAUGUAUAUUAACAUUUUAAAGAGGAUCUAAGCUGAGCCAAUAAACGUAAAGUAAAUGCAGAUAUUUGGAGGAGUUGACACCAAUUGAGGAAGUGGAUGUAGCAUAGUUAGCGUCAAGCUAACUAGCAAAAGUCUUGUUUCCUCCCAUAACAUAAAGUGUGGCACAUAGACUUUUUUGAGGGGGAACGGUGGCGUUAGUUUUUUGCAUUGCCAUCAAGUCGAGGAUUCUAUUCUGCUACCACGGCUAUUGCUCUGAAUUAGCCGAACUUGUUGGUCAUAAUUUCUUCUCGUCCUCUGUCUGCGUUUACUACCUCACCGCAUCCAUCAUUUUAGCGCAACAAAUAUCUGGAUACAGCUAUUAGCACAUCAUGGAAUACAGGGGGCGGUGUUCGUACGUGCCACUCUGUUUCGUGUCGCCAAGUGUUUUUUCGUCCCGUCACAUUCCAGCUAUUGUAAUUUCUCCGCGGCGCCCCCUUCUGUCAGCGUGCUGUAUUUGCUGCUACUCAUCGUGUGUCUCUACUUGAAUAUGUGUGAACCUCAGGUUGUCUGUGUUUGUCGCGUCCCGCUUGGUGUGCGUUCUCCGUUGUGCAUCGCUAAACAAACGAGAUUAGCUCAACAAUCGGAAACGACAGUGUUACGAAGCGCUGCUCUCUUAGUGACUUAAAUUUAUCGAGCGGCUGAUAUUUGAGUAUUUUAAAACUUGCACAUACCUUUUAGUGGAAAUUCUGCGAGUGAUUUUAAGUGUAACGUACACAAAUGCCUUCAGAGCAGAUAGUUUUAGUCGUACAAGUCAAUUACAAUGAUCUUUCUAUGAAGAUUUGCUGUUAAAUUUAUAUUUUUUAAAGUAAAGCACCCACCAAUAAUUACGAAUGUCCGCUCGUGCCCUGCGUUUGUUCUACCAACUCGAUUCGACGACUUAUGCCUUCAUCUUUUUUGCGAAUGAAAGCAUCACUUUGAUAGAUUUUUUUUUUUAAAUAAUGAGCUGCUGAAUAAAAAAAAAAAUGAAAAAAAUGAAAAAAAAAAAACUUUUUGGGGGCCACCAAAAAUUUUUGGAACAUGCAAAGAAUCUAUAUUGUACUGUAGUAAAUUUUGUAAUAUUUGUAAGAUGAUCUAGUGGUGUGAGUGCGUACCAUGGCUUGAAUCUGUACAUUGUUCCAAUAAAUUGUUUACAUUAA